AGGCACUGGCAGACGCAAACGGAAACCACGAACAAGUCCGGCGCGGCACUUGCUAGUAGCUCGACUGGUAACGUCGAGGAAUUCUUCUGAUAUUUUUUAUUUCCUCAUCACACCAUCCUCCCUCCCUUCCUUCCUUAACGCCCCCUACCAAAGCGCCGCAGAGUUGUCGAGGUCUUCAAGCUCUCGCCACCUGCCAACAUGCCGGCCGCACUUACUGAUGCCAGUCAGAUAAUCUGCGAGGUCUGGGCCAGCAACGUGGAGGAGGAAAUGAGGAAAAUACGCCAGAUAAUACAAAGCUACAACUACAUCGCCAUGGACACAGAAUUCCCUGGAGUCGUCGUGCGGCCGAUCGGCGAGUUCCGCAGCACGGUGGACUACCAGUACCAGCUGCUGCGGUGUAACGUGGAUCUCUUAAAGAUCAUCCAGCUGGGUCUCACGUUCAUGAAUGAGGACGGCGACUACCCGCCAGGCACGACGACGUGGCAGUUCAACUUCAAGUUUAACCUCACAGAAGACAUGUACUCACAGGACUCCAUAGACCUGCUGCAGAACUCGGGUCUUCAGUUCAAGAAACACGAAGAGGAAGGCAUCGACACGCUCUACUUCGCCGAGCUCCUCAUGACGUCGGGACUGGUGCUGUGCGAGAAUGUCAAGUGGCUCUCCUUCCACAGCGGGUACGACUUUGGCUACCUGGUGAAGUUGCUGACAGACGCCCGGCUACCCGAGGAGGAGCACGACUUCUUCCAGAUCCUCAACCUUUUCUUCCCCGCCAUCUAUGACGUCAAGUAUUUAAUGAAGAGCUGCAAGAACCUCAAGGGCGGGUUACAGGAAGUGGCGGAUCAGUUGGAACUGAAAAGGAUUGGGAGGCAGCAUCAAGCGGGUUCUGAUUCGCUGCUCACGGGGAUGGCGUUCUUCAGGAUGAAAGAGCUUUUCUUUGAGGACAACAUUGACGACGCAAAGUAUUGUGGGAGGUUGUACGGCCUGGGCUCCGGCUCCAGCCAGCCCCAGAAUGGCAUCUCCAGCUCGGGUCAGGAGGAGACCAACAACAAGCACUGACAGUUGCACUUUUUAAAAAAACAAAACAAAAUCUUCACAUGACCAACCUGUCUAUUCAGGUCUCUUCACAGCAGACACUUUCUGGGAUCAGCACACGUUUUUCUUUUAGAGGCUUUUACCGAGUAAACAGUCAAGUAUCCAGAACCCUUUUAAAAUCUUUUUUUUUUUUUGGAUGUAGCAGUGUGGGACCAGCGCCUGUUUUUUCCACCAGCGGCACUCACUUCUUUUUAAAAGUGAACACGGCCGGAAAGGGCCUGUAAAUUAAGAAACAUUUUUUUGAUGCAAAAUAAAAAUGUUUUAGCAUUUCUCCACAGCCCUUUACAUGAAAGGUUUUAACAGUGAGCAUGCUUCCUCCUUUGGACAAACUACUGUUCUCAUUCAUUGUCCAGCGUCAGCUUCACGAUGUUGUGGUUACCGUUUGUUUUACGUUCUGCAUUGUUUUAAACAGUUGUAUAUUAAAUUGUUUUCUAUUUUACAUGUA